GUUCCCAUUCAAAUCAGCCGAUCAACAGGUGCUUACGGGGGUAGUAACUAGAGGCCCAAAACUUAAACGGUUGAAUACUACAUUCCUUCACAAAUAAAAGAAUGAGGUGGCAAUUAAGAAUAUGGUGGGUGGCCCUGCUAGCAGCUAUGGUCGUUCUGGAGUCAAGAUUGACUGAAGCAGCUCCAAGAAUGACAAGGAGGGAAGACAUGCUCAAGGACCUGAUGAAGCUGGAUCAAUAUUACUCGUCAAUUGCAAGACCUAGAGUGAGGAGUGUUGAUCCGGAUGGUAGCAUCAGUCCAAAGAUACAGCGGGCGUACAACAUGCUGAAACUUCAGAGUAUAGACAGAAUCUACGCGGAUCGAAGCAGGCCCAGAUACGGGAAAAGAGCAGAGACAGCGCACAUGUUGCCGCUCGACUUGGACUUCCAGUAUCAGAAUGAGGACAAUGCUGACUAUGCAACGUUAAGGAGAUGAAAACUUCUACCCUGGUCUUUUAUUCUUCAAUUUAUGUUUGUUUUCUGUAGACAAUCAGUAUGAAUUAUUGGAAUAUACAAAUUACUUAUUCUAUCGAAGAGAUGGUAACUUUUAUUCCAAAAUAAAUCAUUUUCUCUCUC